AACAUUCAUCAUACAAUCACCUCCAAGCAUACUCCUAAAAAGGCAAAAUUUAAGGAAGAAAUGUUUUGUGCGCAUUUGAAUUUAAUUUCCUCACUGAAUUUUUCAUUCUUCAUUCAUCUCAUUCACAGCAUACAUUUCCCUCAGUGAUCUGGCAAACCCUGUCUCACACGUGGAGCUCACCAUCUCACGCACCACUUUCCAAGCAACGUCUCAUGCGUUACUGCUCCGUACUAUGACUACUAUUUCCAACUUAGCUCUGUACUCGCAACCACCUGGCGCGUGGGUCUCCACCGUAGUAGUCACUCAGCAGCGCGCAACCUCUGUUCGUGAAACUCGCGGCAUUCCCGAUACAGACACGCACGCACACGCGCGUGUACCCGUGACCAAAAAGAUACAACUCGCCGCACGCUGCGAAUCGCGCGAGAAGAGUUGCGUUUGAUCACUCAACCAGAACGGUGCGGUGUUGCGCUUUUUUUGUCAUCUCGGUGAUUCUCUUCCCAAUUUUUGCGCUACCACGCGGUACGCUUUACGCGGAGGACAUUACGCGUUCGCGUGGCCUCGUCGUCGUCGUCGUUGCAUCCUUAGCAGCAAACGGUCGCUACAUGUAGUGAAGCUCAUAAUUACACAUAAAUUUAUGCACGCCAGUUCAGUUCGUUCGCGUGUCAUUUAGACCAUCCGAAGAGGCAAAAAGUGGUGAAUAUAAAUUUAAAAGUAAAAAUAAAAAAACGCUCCCCAUUCCGGUCCUGGACGCGGAUGCAUGUGCAAUCGGUACAAAUGUUCAUGCAGCAACAGCAGCAGCAGUAGAAGUGAUUAAUAGCACACAGUUUCCUAAAACCUUCCGGUGGUAUAAGAAGAGAAAAAAGGUGGCAAACGAAAGAAAUUUCGUUAUUUAGUAGUGGAAGAAGCAACUCCAAAAAAAAAGUAAGAUAUUCCCCCCCUCGGGGCCACUUAGCAUACGGUGGGUUUCCGAUAACGUGUAGUUCACUAAUUGAUAUGUUUCCGUAACGGUGGAUAUGUGUGUGGAGUGUUUUGGUUCGGUUUCGCGUGCGCAUAAAAGGCUUGCGAGAUGCAGCAACUGCUGUGCGAUACGGUGAUGAUAAAGAUGAAGGAUGAAAGCUCAAAUUUGCCACCCGAUCGGUGUUGAAUAGUGUUGUGUGCACAAAAGUGACCGCUUUUUUUUUUUGAUGAACCAACGGUGUUUUAUUCGGCCUGUUUAGUUCGGUGUUUGGUGGAGAACGGUGAAGUAACGACAACGAUAAGCCAAUCAACGGCGAUUGAAAAUACUGAUUAAAUUACUGAUUAUUUUGACGACAAAGCUGCUAAUUCGACGGAAUCAUCGGCACCCGGUCCAGAAGUAGUGGUGUCCCACCAACGAUCCAUCCAUCACAAGGGCCGACAGGUUUUAGGUGUGUACGUUGUGGUGCUUCUAGUGACACGCGUCAAUGCUCCAUCGGUGGCAAGAUGAUGCCGGAACUUGAAGUCCUGCGCGUGGAUCUUCAUCUUCCAGAUGUGCAUCGACGUGCGAGUGUUUCAGCUGAGUGAAAGUGAAAGCACACCGUACAACCAAAAUACAUCCAUAGCCAUCAGUAUACGUAUGUGGUCACCGUGACGCUACUGGCUCCAUCCCUCUCCCUUCACCACUUUGUGUGUGUGUGUGCGUGCACCCCCAUUUGUGUGUGUGUGUGUCAGUGAUCUUCGACAGUGUGUCGGUCGGCCGUCGGUAUGGCUAUACGAAUUAUUAACCAUCAAACCGUGGUGAAGGGGCACGUAGUGCUGGUACUGUUGGUGCUGCUACUAUUUCAAACCUGUCGCCACCGGGCGUACGGGCUCACGCCAACGGUGCAGACAACCGGCCAGACGAAGAUCAUGCUAAAGGAGAGCCUGCUGAUACCGUCGAUGGACCCGGAGAAGGAGGCCAAGGCGAUGUACGAGAAGGCACUGCAGCAGUACGGCAUCUACGGCAAAACGCUGAAGGAGAUCUGCAAGGCGUGGGUCACCCGGGGCUGCCAGUGCACCGGUACCAAAGAGGAGGUGACGCUCGUCUGCCGUGCCAUCGGGCUCGACACCAUACCGGCCGAUCUGCCGACGGAGCUCGUCAAGCUAGAUCUUAGUAGUAACAACAUAACCAACCUACCAAAUAAGUCAUUCGAAAUGCUGCCAAAUCUAGAGGAGUUAAUCCUUUCCCACAACAAGCUAGAUCACAUCAACAGCGAGGCAUUCUUUGGGCUGUCGAACCUGAAGAAGAUUGCACUGCAAAGCUGUGGUUUGGGGCGCGUCCCGAUGGAAGCACUGAGGCGCAUCCGGACGGUAACCACGCUCUACCUAGACAACAACCUAAUCGCCGACAUGGAGAACGUUACCUUUCGGGGGUUUCACUUCCUGAAGAAUCUGAGACUGGAGGGCAAUCUGCUGCAGCGGGUACCGACGGACGCACUGAUCGGACUGAGAUCAUUAGAAGCUUUAAAUUUAGGUAAUAAUUUACUUACAAUAAUCAGAGAAAGAGAUUUUCCAGUUUUGGAUAAUUUAUACAUGUUAAUAUUAAGAAGAAAUCAAAUAAGUGAAAUUACUUCCGGUGCUUUAACGAACCUAACACGACUCAAAGUUUUAGAUGUAGAUGAUAAUAGCUUAAGCUCCGUGCCUGUUGGCCUCGAGAACCUAAUGAUGCUGCAGGAAAUCUCGGCAUCAAACAAUCGCAUCCGGUGGAUAUCGAAGGGUGAUUUCCCCAAAAAUCUAGUCUCUCUGGAUCUAAAGUCCAACCCGCUGGCCGGUAUUAAACCUGGCGCACUCCAAAACAUGCCCCGGCUUCGAAAGCUCAUUCUUUCCGAUGUACGCGGCCUCAAUGAACUACCUCCACUGGACGGUUGCACCUCGCUCGAGGUGCUGCGGCUAGACCGAGCCAACCUGUCCAAAAUACCUGAUCAUAUUUGUAAGACUUCACCCCGCUUGAGAAGCUUGGAUUUGAAAUCCAAUAUAUUGUUAAGCAUUCCAAAUGUAACAAACUGUCGUGAUUUAAGAUUGCUAGAUUUAGCCAGCAACAGGAUAAGCUCACUGCACGGUGCACCGUUCUCUAGUCUCGGUCAGCUGCACGAUCUGCUGCUUUCAAACAAUGAAAUCGAAUCUAUUCCGCACGACGCAUUCAUCGGGCUGAUCCGGCUGCAAGUGCUUGACAUGGAAUCGAAUCAAGUUUUCUUCAUCCAUCCGGACGCAUUUCGGCCACUGAAAAAGCUCGAAGACUUAAAUCUAGGCAAUAAUCUGUUCCCGCAGCUACCGACGGUCGGACUCGAACGGUUGCUGCAUCUGAAAACCUUUAAUAAUCCGCACCUGCGGGAGUUUCCACCACCGGAAGCAUUUCCUCGCAUCCAGACGCUGGUCCUGUCGUACGCCUAUCACUGCUGUUCCUUUCUGCCGCUUACUACGGCCCUACCGAAAGUUCCUAAUACAUUCAACAUUCGCGAAAACGUUCUCUUUCCAACCGACAACGAGUUCGACAUGAGCCUGUGGAACAACAGCUACAACGAUAUCUGGCCGCAGUUGCAAAAUUUAAGCAAAAAGUUCGGCACUCAAAUUAACGACCUGUUGAACGCUUACGGUGCCGAGUACGGAAGCUAUCCAGGUGGUCACGUACCCACCUUCCCGGAUGAGUACUUUGAGGACGAGCUGGGUAUUACGCACGCAUCACCAACGGCCCAACCGGGUGCAAUCCAAUGCCUACCGGAACCGGGCCCUUUCCUACCCUGUCAGGAUCUGUUCGACUGGUGGACGUUGCGGUGUGGCGUUUGGGUUGUCUUUCUGCUUGCCAUGCUCGGGAACGGAACAGUCGUGUUUGUGCUGAUCUUUUCCCGGUCGAAAAUGGACGUGCCACGGUUUCUCGUGUGCAAUCUUGCCGCAGCCGACUUCUUCAUGGGCAUCUAUCUCGGGUUUCUGGCGGUGGUGGACGCCUCAACGCUCGGUGAAUUCCGCAUGUACGCUAUCCCGUGGCAGAUGAGUGCCGGUUGCAAGUUGUCCGGUUUUCUGGCGGUGCUUAGCUCGGAGCUUUCGGUCUACACGCUAGCGGUGAUAACGCUCGAGCGCAACUACGCCAUUACGCAUGCGAUGCACCUGAACAAGCGGCUGUCGCUGCGGCACGCCAGCUACAUCAUGACGGUCGGCUGGACGUUCGCCAUUACGAUGGCCGUCCUGCCGCUGCUCGGCGUGUCCGACUACCGCGUGUUCGCCGUGUGUCUGCCGUUCGAGAUCCAGAAGGGUACCGGCAGCCUGGCGUACGUCGUAUUUCUCAUGUUCAUCAACGGAGUGGCGUUCCUCAUCCUGAUGGGGUGCUAUCUCAAGAUGUACUGUGCAAUACGCGGCUCACAGGCCUGGAACUCGAACGAUUCGCGCAUCGCCAAACGCAUGGCACUGCUCGUCUUUACCGACUUUAUCUGCUGGUCACCGAUCGCAUUCUUCUCGCUUACCGCCGUCUUCGGUCUGCAUCUGAUCUCGCUCGAGCAGGCGAAGGUGUUUACCGUUUUCAUCCUGCCGCUUAACUCCUGCUGCAAUCCCUUCCUUUACGCCAUCCUUACCAAGCAGUUCAAGAAGGACUGUGUGCUGAUCUGCAAGGCGAUCGAAGAAUCGCGGGUCACGCGCGGUAUUGGCCGCUGUCGACAUAGUUCCAAUUUCAGCAACCGACACACACCGGCCAACACCAACUCGCUGGUGGAGCGUUCAUCGAAGGAGCUGCCACCGCUCUUACCGGGUCAAACCUGUAACUGCUCGGCGAAGCUGAUGGAGCAAGAGACGGCCCGGUUACGCUUCCACCAUCAUCAGCAACAGCAACAGCAGCAUCAUCUGCGGCAGGGCGUACUGGUACGUACCUGGCGCCGACUGAUGCUCUGCAGCUGGGGCACGACGGAGGAGCGUACCCGGCGCGGAAGGGGCCGCAACGGUGAUCAGUACGCGUACCAGAUUGCGGAGAUCCAACAGAAGCAACACAAGCGGGCCGGUUCGGUGUCGUCUAGCGAGAACUUUAGCUCGUCUAGGUCGGACUCGUGGCGCAAUGCUCAGCAUCAUUGCGGCAUUCCGUUGCGGUUGCUUGAUCCACGGCGCCGUCACACGUCCUGGUUGAUUACGCGCAAGACUUCGCAGGACUCGAACCUAUCCAGCUCGCGGAAUGAUUCGUCGGGAUCAACUGCUACUCAGAGUACCGGCACCUGGCGCAUUUCACGGUCCAGUGGCAGCACGUCGGUCGUAUUACCGGGUGUACGUGUUGAUGGUGUUGGUCAUCCAGUUCCCAGUACCGCUCGUCAGUCCAUCCCCGGUGGAAAACCGCGUCUCGUCCGUCAAUCGGCCGUCCAGGAAGACACCCAGGAGCUGUCCUGUUCGCCACCGCGCCUCGGUGUACGCUUUCUGCCUACGAUUCCGUCCGCCGCGGACAGCAGCGUACAGCUGGACGAUGAGACGGCCGAAGCAGCCAGUCCGACCUCAAGCCAAAGCGGCAUCCAGCCGGCCCCCGCACCCUUCUACGCCAUCCUGCACGGUACCGGCCAUCCUCAGGCAACCGUCUCUAGUCUUAAAGAUAAAACCAAACCUCCGUGAGUGGAGGAGCCGGCGCAGGACGACACUUUCAUGUCGGUGCUUGGCGUGGGUGGGCUCGAAACAGUGGAAGAAGCGACCACAGAUGAAGCAAGCGGUGACCGUGUCCUUGGCGAUGAUCCAUACCUUUAAGUAUUACUUUUAAUUCCUCAGCGGCAUUAGUAUGUAGGGUACGACCGCAAACAUAGCAAAACAGAAACUCACACAAACUUUCUCUGUUACGAGAACUACGGUUUUGGGUUCGAUCGUUUGGUGCUCUCUUUACCAUUACGCCACAAAUACACACAUGGAGUGUAUAAACUAGUUUAUUCCUUCCUUUUUCAUUAUCCCCUUUUCUUGAUGUUGUCCACCCUUGAUAUUCUAAUCAGAGAAAGCCAGUGGUAGACGGAGGAAUGUAUUUAUCUGACGUAAAUGUGCAUGUUUCUAUGUUCUGUCGAGCAAAUGUAAAUAGCCUGAUGCAAAACUAUAUGUAUGAAAAUGGAAUCACAGCAUUCAAACGUGGGGAUAGAUAAUAAUAGCCAGUUAUGUGUGUGUGUGAGAGGUGGGAAAAAAACCCACUUAAAAUGAAGAAUACUGUGUGAUAUUAAAACGAUUUUAUACACAAACUAGCUGAAAUAUGUGCAUUAUGUAAGGAGGGCGCGCGGGUAUACAUACGCCUAUGGGACGGGAAAAUAGGGAUGCAGCACUGAAAAUGGACUGUGAGCGAGGCAAAUUUUACAGGAAUAUUAAGCGAAAGGGUCGGUAUCAUCGAUAUCGAUAUCAAGUUUUAUGCAGGGAAUUUAAUUAUUUUCUCGUAAGUAAGAGAUUAGCAUCAUUUAUUUAAGAAAAUGCUUUAAAAAUAACGGCUUUGCUAGUUAAUUUCAAAAUUCGGUGGAAAGUUGAGAUUGGCAGAUUGCAUACUACUAGGCGUGCAAGUGCGUUUAGUUACACUAUCGACCGCCAGUGGCGCUAAAAAUGUAUCGAGCAUUUUCAGUUUUAAACAUUCAGGACUAAAUUUUAAACAUUUUUUUUGUUAGUUUUGAUCCAAUUUUAUUGAUGAGUUUGAAGUAAAACCCGCUCGAAAUGAUUCGAAUGAAAUAAGACAAGGAAAAGAGUAGCACGAGUAAUGGCAGGAAGCCGUCCAGAGACAAUAAGUAGCGAAAGGAAAGAAUAAAACAAACAAAUGAUGCAAAUGCACAAACGAUACAACAAAUGAGCGCAACAAAUCUCAUCUAUUUUUAUUCCAACCAACUAGCCGAGAUUUGAACGAUGUUCACAUUACGCCAUGUUGUAUGGAGCAUUAAUUCUGAAUUUAAAAUACACAACUAAAUCAAUUGUAUAUAUUACAAACAAAACAACGUAUAAACGUUCACUGUUUCAGCAACGACUAAUGCAGAUUAAAAUGGGGUAAAAACAUGUUAAGACAAAUUAAACAAAUCGCAUACACAUUCAUACACUGAUAUGAUUUAAUGGAACUAAAAAGUCAAGCAAACGAUACUGCCAAAUCAACAGGAUACAACACGAAUAUAAAACUUGAAUGUAAAAAAUAAGGAAGUAAAAACAACUGAGUAUAGAUAUCAAAAUUACUCCCAAACAACACUGCCAUUACUUUUGCAAUCGAUGUAUUGGGACUGUUUAUCCUUUCAAUGUUUACGAUUGUGUAAAGAACGAAGACAAAGAUGUAUUCUAUCCGUACAGGUUACAGUAUUAGCAGGACGAGCAGGUGAAUGAAUUACGUUUUUAAUUUACGAACGAAAGAGGAAACGCGCAUGUGUAAACUUGGAAUGUGAUUUGAAACUAGCAACAACCAAUCGUUCGUGAAGCAUUAUUUUACUAGACCACAUUCAUUUGAACAGCCCGUGAAUGGAGUGAAGCGAUGGUGCUUACGAUGCUUACGAAUAUAUUUAUUGUACAGUCAUACAGGCAAGCAUCCGAGCUGCUGGAAUAGUUUUUAUAAUAACAGGAUUCUCUGGCAUGGCAGCGGGGACACUGACAGAACGAAACGAAACUCCAAAGUGUUGCUGAGUAGAGGGUUCAAAUGGUAUAUAGCGAUGGGCCUAAUGGGCCACCGACUUGGGGCAACCAUGACUUAAACUGAUAAUGUAAUCGACUGCAUAUGCUCACCCACUGAACCGCAUGUGUAUACAGAAAAUAAAAGUGGAUAUUUAAAUCGUAA